AUGCCUGCCCCUCUUAAAGUGCUAGAAGCUAUCAAGGUUUAUGGUCCUUUUCAGAAUUCCAAGGCACAUGUUUCAGAAGGAUCAAAUGUACUUUCAAGUGAAGAUUCUGCUGAGGGUAAUUUUCCAUCGGGGAAAACGUACAGCGAGAAGAAACUUUUCUUUAGUAGGCAGGUUUCACGAGGUCAGCAGUUUGCAGAGAGAGAAGCAAUGGAACUUUUGGCAACUUUAGUACGGAGUACAGGCAACACAAAGAAUGUAAUAUCACUUACAGAUACUUGGGAAUUUCUUGUAUUCUCUAAAUUUGGCGCAGAGAGCGGGCAGGAACAACCAGGAGAGAGAACGACCACGGCCAAGGAGCGGGGCUACGCCAGCCACAAUGGUCCUGAUCACUGGCAUGAGCUUUACCCAAUUGCCAAGGGAGACAACCAGUCGCCCAUCGAGCUGCAUACUAAGGACAUUAAGUACGAUCCUUCUCUGCUGCCAUGGUCUGCUUCUUAUGACCCUGGCUCUUGCAAGACCAUCCUGAACUAUGGGAAGACCUGCAGGGUUGUGUUUGAUGAUACUUUUGAUCGUUCGAAGCUGAGGGGUGGUCCUCUCAGUGGACCCUACCGGCUCCGCCAGUUCCACCUGCACUGGGGCUCCUCUGAUGAUCACCGUUCUGAGCACACUGUGGAUGGAGUCAAGUAUGCAGCGGAGCUGCAUUUGGUUCACUGGAAUCCAAAGUACAACACGUUUGCAGAAGCUCUGAGGCAACCUGAUGGAACAGCCGUGGUUGGCAUUUUUCUGAAGAUAGGACAUGAGAAGGGUGAGUUCCAGCUGAUUCUUGAUGCACUGGACAAAAUUAAGACAAAGGGCAAGGAGGCGCACUUCACGAACUUUGACCCAUCCUGCCUGUUCCCUGCCUGCCGUGACUACUGGACCUACCAUGGCUCCUUUAUCACGCCGCCCUGUGACGAAUGCAUCGUAUGGCUACUGCUCAAGGAGCCCAUAACUGUGAGCUCCGACCAGAUGGCCAAGUUGCGCAGCCUCCUGUCCAGCUCUGAGAACGAGCCCCCAGUGCCACUGGUGAGGAACUGGCGCCCCUGACAGCCCAUCAAGGGCAGGGUGGUGAGAGCCUCCUUCAAAUGAGCACUCCCAGGAAGGGAAAACUGCCUGGGAGAGCUUGGUUCCUGGCCCACUUUCAGUGCUACUUACUCCAAGUAUAUUUCAGCUUCCACAUUAAGCAAUAAAUGAGAGAAAUAUAAUCACCAAAAAACUAAAGUUACUGAUGAC